AUGCCGGAACGGAUAACAACACCACCAACCCGGUCGCUGGCGAUUCGAACACCUACGCCCGAAAUAUUUUCUUCCUCAGACGAGGAAGAGGAACACGCACCUGUGCCCUGGCAUAGAGACGAACUUGAACUAAUACUAUUUGUGAAUAUCAGGAAAUUCGACAGAUUCAUAUUGUCAUCUAGACCUCCUCUUGCGCCAUUUCCUCAGGGUUCACCACCCGAACAACUGUGUCAUCGAGUGGCUAAGUCGAUACUGCGGGAGUAUGAUAGCUGGCGACACACAAUUCAAGAAACAGCAAAAAUGCUGAGGAAGGAGAUACACAGGCGUGACGCUCCUCCACGUACGAAUCUCACAGGACUUCAUCGUCCACCACGAUUUCAUCCUUUUCGUGCUGUGACUACUGGCGGUUCCACGGAACAAUCUCCACAGCGAGGGUAG